AUGAUGCUGUCCAGAGCUGUGAGACCGGCCCUCGUGGCUGGCAAUGCCGCCUAUGCAAAGACGGCAGUCCCUCAGGUCGCUGGUUAUGCUACACUACGAGAAAUUGAGAGUCGCCUCAAAUCCAUCCGAAACAUUGAAAAGAUCACAAAGACGAUGAAAAUUGUUGCUUCCACCAAGCUCACUCGUGCGCAAAAGGCCAUGGCCGAUUCUAGAUCCUACGGGCAAACAUCAAACAAGGUCUUUGAAGAGGCGGAAACCAAGCCAUUGGAGGAGAAGAAGACACUGGUGGUGGUUGCCAGCUCCGACAAGGGCCUUUGCGGUGGUAUUCAUUCCGGUCUGUCGCGCACGACCCGUCGAAUGCUUGAGAAGGACCCAAACCUCGACAUUGUGAUCAUUGGUGAAAAGUGCAAGGCCCAGAUCGGUCGUUCCAACCCCAAGAAUGUUUUGUUGAGCUUUGCGGGUAUUGGAAGAGAUGUCCCCACCUUCGCCGAUGCUCAGGCCAUCGCCGACCAACUCGUGCUGCUUCCGGAAGAAUAUUCUAGCAUCAAGAUCCUCUACAACAAGUUCAUCAAUGCCCAGAGCUAUGAACCUGUCACAGUGGAGGCAUACUCCGAGGAGGCCAUCACACAAUCUCCCAACUUCGCCGCCUUUGAGAUCGAUGACGACGUGCUCGCCAACCUCCGAGAAUAUGCCUUGGCCAACUCUCUCUACUGGGCGCUUGCCGAAGGCCAUGCUUGUGAACAAUCUGCCCGGAGAAACGCUAUGGAUAACGCGUCCAAGAACGCCGGAGACCUGAUCGGCAGAUUCACCAUCUUGUACAACAGAGCCCGACAAGCAGUCAUUGCAGGAGAAUUGGUGGCGAUCAUCACGGGUGCCACGGCCUCGGAAGACAUGUAG